AUGGAGGAGCUGGUGAUCAAGGGGGACUGGGUCUCCCCACUGCCGGCGUCUCCAAAGAAGAGAGGGAAGAGGAGGGGAAGAUCCUCAGACAGGAAGAGGGAAAUGGGUGGUGGGGGAGAGGGGGGGGGGCAAGCGUGUCAUGGGGGAGAAGGGCGCUGUGGGGGAAGAAUCUCCUCUGUCCUCGCUGCCCCCCCCCCCACAAUGCACAGGGGGGGAGGGCUCAGGAUCCCCUGCACUGUUCCCAACCUGUUUUGAGAUUGGGGUUUUGGAGGUGGAUGGUGGUGAGCCCAGGAUGCAGGGAACCCAGGAGCCAAACACCAUUCCUGCAUCCUGGGUUGGAGAGAUGGAGGGGAGUGGGGGGGCAUCUGGGGUGGAGUCGGAGUCCCUACAGGAGGAGAUGGAGCAGGGGAACAUCAGGUGAGCCUCCUGUUUAGUUUUUUGGGGUUUAGUAGGUUGUAAUUUGUGAAAUGUAUUAUGGCAGGGAUUAUUUUUGUUACUUUAAAUGUGAGGGGAAUAAGGGAGGAUGUUAAAAGAAGGGCGGUUUUGGGGUAUUUAGAGGGGGUGGGUUUUGAUGUUUGUUUUAUACAGGAGGUUCACCUAAGGGAUAGUGGGGAUGUAAUAAGGUUUAAGAGGGAGUGGGACAAGGGAGAGUCGGUUUGGGGUAUAGGGGGGUGCACUCAUCGGGGGUAGGGAUUUUGUUUGGGAAUAGGGAGGUGAAGGUGGAGGGCACUUUGGUAGGUAUGUGUCAGGCGUCAGUGUGUAGCGGUAGGAUGGAGUCAGGCGCAGGACACAGAGCUAGUAGCCAACGUACUUUACUCAUGAAAAUAAAUUAACAUAAUCUCCACGCAGGGAGGACAAAUCCCGCUCACCAGUCUAUGACACCAAACAUAGAACAAACACGCACACAACACAGUGGGAGACAGAGGGUUAAAUAGGGAACAAAUCAUGAACAUAAUGGGAACCAGGUGUGAACAAUAAAGACAAAACAAGUAGAACACAGAAACAUAGAUCGGUAGCAGCUAGUACUCCGGUGACGACGAACGCCGAAGCCUGCCCGAGCAAGGAGGAGGGCCAGCCUCGACAGUACAGGGGAGGGUUUUGGGGGUGGAUGUCACAGUAAGGGAUGAUAGAUAUAGGGUAAUUGUGGUGUACAGGCCACAGUUGGCGGCAGGCAGGAGGGAGAUGGUGGACUGCCUGGCGCCGCUGUGUGCCACGAAUAGACACUUGGUGAUAGGGGGGGAUUUUAAUAUAGAUAUAGGGAGGGGGAGGGACAGUAGUGCAGGUGCCAUCGCCGGGCUAAUGGUCGUGCCAUGGUCUGGUAGAUGGGGGCCUGCACACUGCUCCGACGAUGGCAGGUCCAACAUGGCGCAACUCCAGAGGGGUCGAGCGGAGGCUCGACUAUAUUUUUCUGGGCGUUUGUUGCCUGUGUUUUUUUGGGGGGAUCACGACGGGGUGCUGCUGCAGGUGGGGGCACCAGUCUGCCUCUUCGGUAGGGGGUACUGGUAGUUAAAUAGGGAGGUACUGGAUGAGCAGGCUUUCGUUAACAGUUUUGUUGAUUUCUUUAGGGGGCUUGAGGGCAUCCGGUCCAUCUGUGAGGGGGUGUUAGAGUGGUGGGAAAUAGGAAAGGUGAGGAUUAGGGUUUUUAUAAUAGGAUAUUGUAAGAGGAAAAAGAGGGAGGAAAGGAGGGAGGUGGAUCACAUCAAAAGGCUGCUCAAUCUCGAGCUCGAGGCGGGCAACCUCGGCGGGUCGGUAGACUGGGAGAGAUCCUCUGCCCUAAAGGCACAAUUUAGGGAGGUGCAUGAGCGGAAGGCUCGCGCUUUCCUGGAGCGUGCGCAUAGUGGGUUUUUAGAACAUGACGAGACUUGUUCCGCUGUGUUCUUUAAAUCAGUUAGGGGAAGACAGAGUAGGAAGGUAAUGUACGGGGUUAGGGAAGAAAACGGUCGAGUACUGAGAGAAACUGAGGAAAUGGUCAAGGUGACCACGGAACAUUUCUGA